AUGGGUUGGUUCUGGGCAGAUUCGGCACCCGCUGCGCCUGUCGCGCCUCAUCCUAUGCCCGCAAACUCCACCGCCGCCCCUCCACCAGGAUGUCCCAUGCACAAGCCCGCCGGUGACGCCCCCACCGCACCACCACCCUCCGUCAUCACAAAGCCCGCCGACUCAGCAUCAGCAUGCCCCUACGUACCACCUACCGAAGCUCAAAAGGAACCCUCGGCCGGCUCGCCCUCGUACAUCUCCAAGCUCAACCCCCUCAACUACAUGCCCAAAUCCAUCUCCAACCAACGCGAUCACGACGAACAAAGCGUCGACCUCCCUCUGGACCGCGAACCCUCGACCAUCCCCCGCGGCGACGGCCAAGGAAACUGGGAAUACCCUUCUCCUCAACAAAUGUACAAUGCCAUGUUGAGAAAAGGAUACACCGAUACGCCUGCCGAACACGUCGAGUCCAUGGUCGCUGUGCACAAUUUCCUGAACGAGGGAGCUUGGGAGGAGAUUGUCCAGUGGGAGCGCCGCUUUUCAGCUGGCCUCAAACGCGGCUGGCAAGUCUGCAAAAAGGGCGAAGAAAAUGCAGGUUUCCUUGCCGAAAUGCUAGCGAGAAAAGACGCCAUUGCCGCAAACACAGACACCAAAGAUCCUUCGCUUGUGCGCUUCAUGGGAAGGCCUUCUGAGCUCACGCCUAAAGCGAGAAUGCUGCAGGUCAUGGGAUGGCUGUACCCUUCCAAAUACGAGACUGAGCCGCCGUUUGAUCGCCACGAUUGGUUCGUGAGGCGAGUGCAUCCUGAUGGCACCGAGAGAGAAAAGAGAUAUGUGAUUGAUUAUUACUCGGGUCCCCCUGAGGAGACUGGAGAGCCCGUCUUCUAUCUGGAUGUCAGACCUGCUGUUGAUGGGCCUUUGGAUGCGGCUGAGAGAGUGGUCAGGUGGGGUGGUGAUGUUUGGUGGAGAGCCUCUGGCGGUAUUGUCAGGGAUGAGUUGGCCAAGUUGCAAAAGUGA